CCGUUCUCAAAGCAUUUUGAUCACAAUCGUUCUGUCAAAAAACUUCUCACCCAUGUCAUUUGACAAACGGUUUGCUCGAUUCAUAUUUGACGGCAGUUUCCUCGCUAGUUCUUCGAAAUACGGUUUGCGCGCGCUGGUCAGUUGCUACAAUUCGUACAAUUCACAGCAAGAAAUUUCAUUCGCCAACAGCUUCGGAACAAAAUGUCGCAGGAAAGUGAUGAUUCCGAUUCGCUAACUGAGGAAGUAGUUACAUACACUGUGGAUCCGGAUGGCGCUCCGUCAACCGAAGAUCAAACUCAACCACCAAAAACGAAGAAGAGAAAAUUGAACACCAAAACUGUUAAGAUGCAACGCGACAACAGCCCUCCAUUGAAAACGUUUGUGUACUGCAAGUCAUAUUACCGACAACAGGUACGGUCGUUGUUUAAGUUGAUGAACGCAACGUGUAAGCUAGAAACUAGGGUAUUAAGUGCUGCUGGCGCGUUUUUAUCAACUGACGAUCACAACGAGGAGAAUCGCUCGCCAUACUUUUCCGUGCUCGGAAGACGUUUCCAAACGUUUGGUGACAUACAAUAAAAUCGUUCGCUUGGGUCAUUAUUAAUUGUUAA